UUCAGAGAAAAUGGUGCAACGAGUUGUGGUAUCGAAAUUACUGAAUUCCUCAAGACCACUUGUUUUUGGAAUGAUUCACGUGCCGGCUUUACCUGGGACCCCUUCUAACACUCUUCCAAUGUCUGCAAUUUUAAAAAAAGUACGAAAAGAAGCUGAUGUAUACUUCAAAAAUGGAGUUGAUGGUGUUAUAGUUGAAAAUAUGCAUGAUGUUCCUUACGUCAAACCUCCGGCGUCUCCUGAAAUAGUCAGUUCAAUGGCAUUGGCUUCAGAUCAAUUGGUUAAAUCAAGAGAUGCUCAUCAUCCGGCUGCUUUGACUGGAAUUCAAAUUCUAGCAGCAGCAAAUCGGGAAGCUCUCGCAGUUGCCUAUACAACUGGCAUGGAUUUUAUAAGAGCUGAAGGAUUUGUGUAUUCUCAUGUUGCUGAUGAAGGAUGGAUUGAUGGUUGUGCAGGAGGGCUUCUUAGAUAUAGAUCUUCUUUGAAAGCUGAAAAUAUUGCAAUUUUUACGGAUAUUAAGAAGAAACAUAGUGCACAUUCAGUCACUUCAGAUGUAUCAAUUCAUGAAAUGGCUAAAGAUGCAAAAUUCAAUUGUGCCGAUGGAGUUAUUGUUACUGGUAGUGCAACUGGAAGUGCUGCAAGUUUAGAAGAAAUGAUUCAAGUGAUGAAAGUUCAAGAAUUUCCAGUUUUGAUUGGAAGUGGAAUCAAUGGAAAAAAUGCUCGAGAAUUCGUAAAAGCACACGGUUUCAUCGUUGGAUCGGACUUCAAAAUCGGGGGAGAAUGGAAAAAUGAUCUGGAUUCUGGAAGGAUUUCAAAGUUUAUGAAACAUGUCAAUACAUUGAAAAGAUAAUUGUAAAAUGGAUUAAAAUUAAUUGUUUCUAAUGACCAAUUCAAACUAACAAAAUAAAAUCAUGCAUUAUUUUUCAUAAAUUGUUUU